UUCUCUUCAAGUAAAUCACAACUCGAUGCCAAAGCGGAUGCAUGGAAGCGCUGUAUUAUGACGUCAUAAUGGAGCACAUAGACGUUUGAAGCGUAAACAACAGGACAGGGUGUUAGGGUUUACGUCGUCACGUCGUCAUGGCAACGAAGUUGUAAAACUGGACAGAGCCACACAGAAAAGGAUCUAUUUGAGUAAACACUUUGUUUAGUAUCAGUAUUGUGGAUCUCCAUCAUGGGCAGGCUGGAUGAUGCUGCUAAACGCAAAGUCGUGGAACUGCGGGAAGCAGGCUUGAGCUUCCGUAAGAUUAAAGCUGUGCUAGAGCUGGAAAACAUCAAGGUGUCUGCGCAGGCCAUCUACCUUUUCUUGAAGGAGUUUCAAGGGAGAGCUCGCAAGGAGGAUGGAGCUCCGGCUGGGAAGAGCAGCCAUAUGGUGCCAGUGUCAGCCAGGGAGGUUGGUGUCGGUGAGUCUCGGCAGGUUGGCUGGAGUGAUCAGCAGCUGAGGAACCUCCUCAGAGAGGCCUCACGGGUCGCAGCCUCACAGCAGGCCAGCUCCUCUUCGGAUGCAAGAGCAGGACAGUCUUCCGGGACGAGUUCGGCUGGCAGACGGGAAAUGCGGGAGGGGGAAAAAGACGAGGACAUUCGGAUUGUCAGUGUCACGUCUCUGGCACAGGGCACGCAGCAUGCUGACAUCCAGACAUCGCGCUCGGGGGUGGGCUCCGGGACGAUGAGUGGUGCAAAUUUUAUAAGAAGACGACACACACCAUCGCCUGCCAACCCUGUGCUUGUGGCUCGUAAGAGACUGCUGGAUAAGGCUUUGCUUCACCGAGCGAGGGUAAGGGACAGUGGCCCGCAGACUGGCCAGCAAAUGUCAUUGUCACUGAGGCGAGAUCAGUCCUCUUUCUCUGGCCCGGAUGGGAGAAAGGCUGUGUUACCUCAAGCAACCUCUUAUGACCUCACUACACCCAGAACUCAAAAUAUGAGAGGGUUACACCAAGGAGCCACUGCUCACAGAAGGUGGAUGCAUCAGAGGGUAGGCGUUCCCAUGCGAGCUCCUCAACACCCACCCCGUGUAGGUAUCCGUCUCCCUGACCCGAACACCUCUGGAACUACAUCCCAAAACACUGCCCCCUCCACACGGGUCCAAAACGUGACCAACCAGCCUUCCCCUCCUCCCCAGCGGAGCAGCUUUGACGCUGGAGCUGUGAGCAGCCUACAAGAGCAGAUCCAGUCCUUGAGUUCAGAACUCAGAAAUCUGGGUGUAGCACUGAGGAUGAUGGUGGACCAACAGGGUCGUCUGGAGCGAGAGCAGGCCCAGCAGACUCAGGUCCAAAAGCAGAUCCUCAGCACCCUUCAGGAGCUUACAUCCAAAUUCGAGCCCUGUGGCGUACUUCAGUCCACAUCUGCUCCGACAUUGCAAGCGUCUUGUUCCAUGGCUUCCUCUACAGCACCUUUCAGCCAGACCGCCCAAAGUCAGGGCGUCUAUGCCCAGUGCAGCCAAGCCCAGACGAGGUACAACGAGAUCCACGAUUCUGGUCUUGAGAGCAUCGAGGCGUUCUCUCUGGACCAGCUCAGCCCACCCACUAUGAAUGGGUUUCAGCCGUGCCCAACCUCCGGCGGGCCCCCGUUCACCCAUGCGCAACCACGCACACCGACGUUCACGCAGGCACAUGCGCAAACGUUCUCCGCCAAUGCGCUCUCCUACGCACAGUCACAAACAGACUCCUUUACAGGGAUGGAUAGUAAAUCGGUUGACAUGCCCUCCAGUGCAGACAGAACAUUCCAAGCUUGUAGCCCCCCUAACCAGACCUCUAGUCACACGGUGUCACCGCACGAGCCCAAGCUGAACAUUAUUAAGGUGGAGAAUGUCUGAGAAUGCAGGAAACACUUAAGAGAGGAGGAUAUGUGUUAUGGAUAUGAAAAUCCUAAUAUAGACUUUUCAAUGCCGAUACAGAUAUUUUGCUGAUAUAUGCAUCUAAUACCGAUCUAUAUGCAUAACAUAAUUUAAAGGUGAUGUGUCAUUCUUUUCUAUGUUAAAAGUAGGGAUGCACCAAUACAAAAUUUGUGUACCGAUUACUUAGAACAGGGGUUGGCAACCUAUGGCACGUGUGCCAGCAUUGGCACAUGGAAUCACUGGCACGCCAGCAGUGGCGAGAGAGGAGUAGGCAAUUUUAUUUAUAUGAAAUUCCACAACUGCGUUCCAGUAAGCAUCUUGAUGUAAUGCUUCCUCAUGAUCAUGCAGCGUGUUUUCAUGAGCUGAAUGGGAGGCUAAACAAAAAGUUAAAAUGUAAGGAGGCCGCAGUACCCAACUGACAUGUGCAGCGCGUGCAAGCCAUUCGCGCAUCAUGAGCCGGCAGCGCUUCACUUUCGGUUAAUCACGCACCCGCGUUGAUUCGGUCAGGCUGCACGGAUGACAGCCUACAUUCAGUGUUUCAUUUGUUUCUUUUUGCUUUCAGAACAACACGUGAUGUAAUAAGGAAAACCACUAUUAAUCCUCGAGAUUUCCAACCCAGCAUACAGGUACACCCUCCUUAAACCAUGGUCACAUUCAAAAUCGUAUUAAACGAUUAAAAGAGAAAACAUAAACCCACAUCGUGGGUUGAGUCUAUUCAAAAUAUAAAUGAAACUUGGAAAUAAAGUUUUAGGAUUUUGCAGGUGCGAUUCACUGAAAAGUGCUAAAUAGUUGAUCGGCUUGUGAUGCGUGGCGUGAGUCUCGUCACAUUUUAACUUUGUGUGUAGCCUCCCAUUCAGCUGAUGAAAACAUGCUGUGUGAUCAUGAAGAAGAAUUGCAUCAAGAUGUAGAGAUUGGAAUACAGGUGCGAAAAACUUCAUAUAAAUAAAAUAGCCUGCUCCUCUCUCGCCGUUGCUUGCGUGCUAAUUAUUACCCCUCUGUGUGAUUAUGAAAAAUGUAUGACAUAAUAUAAGAAAUAUUUAAGAUUCCACACAAUUUCGUGAUCAGUAAUCAAAUAAGCAAAUUAUUUGUGACAUGAACUGCUAACUCAUUUGAACAAAAGAACGGGUUUUCUUUCAUUAAAGCACUUUCACAAGAUGCUCUAUGAAAAUUCACAUGCAGGAUCAUGAUUAUAUCAUAAUCAUCGGGUUUUGCACAAAUAUUUCACUCAAACUGUUAUGCGGAUAAUAUCAUUUGUAAUGAAAAAUAAACUAUUCAAUUAGAAAAAUAGAAACAUUUUCACAAUUGGACUCAAACUUCGGAAAAUCACAUACAUGGACAUAUAUAUAUACAGCUCUGGAAAAAAUUAAGAGGCCACUCCAAAUGUUUCUUAAAUCAGCAUCUCUACAUGUAUGACAGCUAUUCCAUUCCAGUGUCUGUUGAACUUCUGCUUGAAUUUUUGCAUCAGGAGUGGCAUAAAGUCACCCAUCAACAAUGUGAAAGACUGGUAGAGAGCAUGCCAAGACACAUGAAAGCUGUGAUUGAAAAUCAGGGUCAUUCCACCAAAUAUUGAUUUCUGAACUUAAGUUAAACAUUAGUAUUGUGUUGUUUAAAAAUGAAUAUGAACUUGUUUUCUUUGCAUUAUUUGAGGUCUGAAAACACUGCAUCUUUUUUUUAUUUUCUGCAAAUAAAUGCUCUAAAUGACAAUAUUUUUAUUUGGAAUUUGGGAGAAAUGUUGUCAGUACUUCAUAGAAUAAAACAAAAUGUUCAUUUUAAUCAAACACAUACCUAUAAAUAGUAAAUCCAGAGAAAUUGGGGGGUUGGGGUAGACGUCGGCACAGCCAUUAACCAGGAAAAUAAAAAUGGCACAACAUCUACCGAUGCUGAUAAUUUGGUGGUUCUGCUUUUUAUGCUCCCUUGUUUCAAAUCACUGAUAAUUACACAAUUUCUAAAGAAAUUUAAAUAAAAAACGUAUUUAAAGGAAAAACUUCGAUGUCGUCCAUGUUCCAGAGAAACUGGUCUUAGUUAUGAGCAAAACACUAAAACAAAAAGCACAAUAUUAACUCAAAUUAACUGAAUUAUGAAUAGCUUCUUGUUCGGCUCACAUUAAAUUAGAUUUCUUAAUAGUUUUAUUGUUCUGUACUCACAUUAACUGAAUUCUAAAUUAUGUUAAAUUCGUUUUAAUAAACUCCUAGUCCUUGCUGUGUCGAGCGCUGAAGGUGAGUAAUCAAAUACGUUUCAUUAAAAGUUUAAACGGUAGUUCCACUUUUAAAUUUGAACGGUGUAAACCUUACAAAUUACAACUCAACUUGUCAAAGUAAUUCCACAAAAGAGACGUUUACUUUCACACUCAGUACAACUUGUAUGCUAAUUGGCCAAUAUGUUUUUCCACCCCUUUCUGACAGGAAAUAAUCUGCCCUGAUUAAUGGCUGUUUUUAAAAAAUUGGUCAGUGUCUGAUAGUGUAGAUAUUUGCUUUUAUCGGCCGAUACAUUGGUGCCACUCUAGCUAAAAGACUUUCUCUUAUCCAUACUUAAUAUGCGGAGACAGGUAGAAGUAAAAUCAAUUGCAGACGUGAGGAGUGUUUGGGUCACUAUUUUGUGCAAUUUUGAAAUUACACACCUUUUAAUGACUAAUUGAAUACAUUCGAAAUUACUGAAAUUAAACACUUAUUUUAUUUGACACAAUAUUUACUCAAAUCUAUUUUCUUUUCUUUUUAUUUUAAGUAGAAAAGUGCCGGAGUCGGGCACAUUGACGUGCUGUGAACAUGUGGUGGCUUAUUUAUUUGUAUUUAAUGAUGUUAUUACGAAAAUGUAACAUGUUUGUUUGUCAGUAUUGUAGCCACAUCAUCAGAGACGGUAGUAGGGUACAACGGUGUAAAAGGCUCCACUGAUUUUAUUUUCUCCCAAAACACUAAAUAGCAACAGCACUUUCCUAAACACCUGUUUGUCAGUAUGCAAUGCAGAAUUUUCCUGUUCCAUGAGAUCUUUGCGUGUAAUGUCUAUAGUUUGAUUUUGAGGCAGUUUCAACUAAUUUUUAAUAGUUUUUAAAAUGUUGCAAAUUUAUGUAGCUAAUGAAUUUCCUGGAAAUUAUCACAUUUAUUUUGAGACAAAAUACUUUUUUAUAAUUUUCAGUUUUGUUUUUUAGAAUACUUGAAAUGUAAAAAAAUAAAUAAUAAUAAUAAUUCAAAUGUGUUUGCGAUUAACUGGAAAUAGUUGACUUUUUUUCUGAAGUAGUUAUUUUGAGGAAGCAUCAUCUUAAUUUGUUAAAUUAAAAAAAGCAUCUUGGCGUCUCUAAAUUAUUUGCAUUAGUUGACAGAUUUUGCACUAUAACUAUUGCCCCUAUAUCUACACGAUAUCACUUUACACCCCCUAGGGGCCUUUUACUCCAAGUGAGGGAGCCUUUUACCCCAUGUGCGGGGUAAAAGGCUCCCUCACCACCUUUUUUUUUUUUUUUUUUUUUUUUUUAAUGGAAUUUUAAUCGAAACAACCUUCCGUUAUUAUUUCUUUUCACACAAAAUAUGUUACUCCAUCAAUAUUCAAUACAUUUGUUUUUUUGUUUUUUUGCUCUCGAUACAUUUUGUGACCAGAAAAAAAGCGAAAUUUCCUGAAGGGUGCCUUUAGCCCCAUUGUACCCUAUAUUUUAUUGUAUAAAACUCCCAGCUCCCCAGAAAGAAACGAGAAACUGUAUAAGAGAAUUUUUUUGUUGUAUUUUUUUUUCUUCUCUCUUUUGUUUAACUGUAUGCUUUUUGAAUUUUGUAUGAAACAAAAAUAAAUAUCAU